UGAGUGAAAAUUAAUAUCAAUAUCGACUAAGCAAAUGAGCACCAAGGAGCAGUGAUCAUCCGGCCCAGGAGCAAAUGUAAAUGAAAAUAAACAAUUCACAAAAUGCCUCCAAAACGUAAAAAGGCUGUGAAAGCUUCCGACAUUGACAUCAAUAUCAAAAAAGUAAAAGUUGAGGACAGUGGAUCGAACAUUACCAUUAAGGAGGAAAAGGUCAGUCCAGAAAGCAAGAAAAAAAAGGGCCGAGUACCGAGGAUUCACAACAAACCUGGAAUUCGUAAGAGCAGACCAAUAUUUGCUUGUGACAAAUGUACUAAAAGGUACAGAUUCAAAGACAGAUAUUUGCAGCAUCUUCGCAAUGAGCAUUCUAUAUUACCUAAUGCAGUGAAGUGUACAAAAUGUCCAGCACUAUGUCCUAACAAAACUAUACUGAAAGCUCACAUGGGAAAGUACCAUGACAGAGAUAUAUUCAAGUGUCCGCACUGCCAAAAGCAAUUUGUUAGGCAUGCUCAUGUCCUCAGACAUAUGGCUCAAAAGGGAUGUGAUGGAAGAGGAAUUGCGUCAUUUCCAUGUGAGAUAUGCGAUGCCUGUUUCUCAAGAAAAGAUAAUUUGAUGGUGCAUCUAAAAAUGCAGCAUAUAUCCCCCAAGGAGUUUAAAUGCAAGCAGUGUUCGUACAGCACACGAAAAUUCUCCAAGUUGCUUGUUCAUGUACAAAAAAUUCAUACAGACAAACCUUUAAAGUUGGAAUGUGGCCAUUGUGGUAAGACAACUGGAUCUCGAGCUUCAAUGGUGAAACAUCUUGAGAUACAUGGUGAAAAAAAAUACUCUUGUGAUGUGUGUGGCUACAGCACCUUCACGAUCGAGGUGAUGCGUCGACAUGUGUUGACGCAUGUGUUGGACAAGCCUUACAAAUGCGACGUGUGUAGUCGCUCUUUCAUCCAGCGCUCGCAGCUCGACCGCCAUCUGCAGCGUCACGUCGGCAAAAAAUGUCCGCAGUGCGACAGAUUCUUCCCUACAGAAGUCGAUGUAAUAGUACAUUUGAGAGAACAUAAGAACGGUGAAAAAGAAUUUAAGUGUCCAAUUGAGAACUGUGAUAAUGCAAAAGUGUUCCCAAGUGAAAGGGCAUUGAAAACACAUGUUAAAAAGCAUAUGUUACUACGACCGUACUCCUGCGAGGUGUGCGGCCGGCAGUCUCGCACGGAGCUGGAAAUGCGGCGGCACUUGCAGCACCACACGCUGGAGCGCGCGCGCCGCUGCAUGUACUGCGUGGCCGCGCGCGCGUACGUGCGCGGGGAACAGCUCGUGCGACACGUGCGCAAGGUGCAUCCUCAGGUGUUCAACGAACACUUGCGGCACGUGCGACGAGUAUUGAACGUCGUCGGGAAUCCUGGGCGGGUGCGAAAGUCUGAACUGGAUGCAAUACUUAACGUGUUGGACGCGGAGGCAGACCGGAUCUUGCAGGACUACGGCGAGGGUGUUCUAUACGGCGGAAUGCAGGAGACUGACGGCACUGAAGAGGUCGUUCCACCGACGUCUCUCAAGAUUGAGUCGAACCCUCUAAUGUCGGAAGAGGAGCUGGCAGAGAACCUCAAGCUUCUGCUUUCGCACCUUAUCGAUAAAGACUUGCUGGAAUUCUUCGGCUGGCCGGAGGAGACCGUCGAUAGGGUUCUAGAAAAAGUGAUCGACCACUGCGGCGCGAAACCAGCCGAUCGUGAGAAAUGGUCUCGAGUACAGUGCCUGCGUGAAAACUCCAAGCAUUUAUUCCUUUAUGUGGUAGAAGACAAGAACAUUGCUCGCAUGCUCGAUACACACACUAUCGACCAGGUUAUACAGGACAUCCUAAUCAAAAUCAGUGAUGAUGCAGAAGCUGAAAAAAUUACCGCUGAUUAGGUAACACACCUUUAUUUAAAAGAGACACGGAGCAAAAGAACAUGCAGACAGAGUUAUCAAUAGCGGCUAAGUCGGAGAAUGUCCGCUUGAUUCAUGUCAGUUUGGGGCUAUCCUAAAAUAGUAUAACACUUAUACAGGUUGUGCAGUAAGUAGUACAACGAAUUGGAGAUUGUUUUCAUUUCAGGCAACUCUGAUAUAAAAAUACAGGGUUAGUUUAUACUACAGGCUUGGUAGUCUUUGGUUUGACCUACCGCCUCUCAAGCAGUGGUGCAGGUGCAGCAGGUCGUGGGUUUCAAUCCGGGUCUGCACCUCUGAGUUUUCGGAAUUUAUGUGCAAAAAAAUUUUAACCAUGAAUCGAUGAAGGACAACAUCGUGAGAAAACCUGCAAAGCAAUAUAUAAUCCAUGUUAGGCCGGCGUGGGAACUACAACCCAAGCUCUCUCAUUGUGAAAGGAGGCGUGUGCCUUUUUUUUAAUAAUAAUUAGGGGUUGAAGUAUAAAAUUGCCAUUUUGUACUGAAAAAUCAAAACAAUUUUUGUGUAAGAUAAAAUAUAUUUGUUUAAUCAAAGUAAUAAUUCACAUUCGUUGUCUAUACAUUUGUGCCAUCUAAUUGGAAGGUCAUUCAAACCUUUGCGAUAGAACUCGUAUGAAAGCUUUUUUACUUCUUCCAGGGAAGCAAUUUUUUUCUGUUAGGGCGCGGUUCGUCGAGAAUAUAGGAUGACGGAUGGUGUCUAACUGCAGGUCUUAUGGUGUUAAAACUGUUUCUCGAGCAGUAACAGAUCUUACGUUAUCAUGGAGCAAUAAUGGUGAAACUAUUUUGCUCGCAGCAAAACAUUUUCGCCGUCAUUGUUGAAGUGCCAUGUCAUAUUGAGGGUAUGCUAACAUUAAACCAUGCCGCUAAUUCCUUGGUAGUUUGAUACGUUCCGAAAUUGUGUGCCUGGUCCCUAACAAUUGCAGUGUCACUCAAGAGUUUUUAAUCACACAUAUCUGAGAGACACGGCCACUGCGCCCGACACCUUGACACAUAAGUUGACAAGUCCCAUGUGCCUGUAAUUUCUCUAGCACCUUACCCUUCUAUUCCGGAACACAUUACUGCUUGGCGGCAGAAAUAGGUAAGGUACUUCCCUGGACGAACUCUUUCACAAGGAGUUCUACCGCUACGAAAUACCUAUAAUUAUAUAGGCUAACGCAAUUCGAUACGCGAUUACUCCGACAUUUGUAAACCGAUUACAAUGAUUCUUUCUUUUCUUGAAAAGGGGUACCUCAGUAGUGGUCCCAUUCAAAAUUGAUGAAAAUAUUCCACCUAUAAGGGUGACAAAUUGUGGUUGAAUCAAGUUUGUUGGAUCUCACCCACUUUCCGUUAACGGAUUUAAAUGAAACUUGAAUAGGUGUAAUUUCACGAGACUUUUGAGGUCAGUUUUUUUUAUAAACAUGUUAUAGAUAUUUAUGAUAAUAUUCAUAGUGAAAUCUGACAUAUUUAAACUGUAGGGCUACUUUUUUGUUCUCUGCUGUAGUUUAAUGUAGCAUUCUGUAAUAAACACAAUGUAUCAGAGAAAAUAUGAAAUACAGAUCAAAUUGCAUUAAUUUUAGAAUAAGAUUUACGAUUAAGUAUAAAAGCAUUAUAUUUUUAUAAGACAUCGGCAAUGAUGUGCCUUACACUAUUUUUUAGUUGAAAGUUAGUUGUUAUAUUGUAACAUUUAAGUUUUAUUUUGUAACGAAAGCGGUGGGUUAUUGGAUUUAUUUAAGUUAUAAUGGUAGGUAUCCUGGGCUAAGAACUCACGAAGCGGUCUUCUCCUGCGCCCGCCGUGGCUGUAGGACAUCUGUUUUAUUUUAAUACUUAUAACACCGCUGAUCGCAAACUUGAUGGGAGAUAUCGCAAGUCGCGCGAUUAUUUACGAUCGAUCGAGAUCGUCGCCUGCGAAGUUUGACGCACCAACCGCAGAGUGCGCGGGCGCCGGCCGCCAAGCGCUGGGGUGACCACAUCCCGCGCGGUUCUAUUAGUACCCUGCGGACGCUGCGGCUACCGCAAGCAACCGUCUUUCCUAGCCACGGGCGAAAAAUACGUCGUGAAAUGUGCUACGACAUUUUACUUACACAUCUUCAUUUUACGGAAGAGAACCGCUUCGUGAGUUCUUAACCUUAAACUUCC